CACCCAUCCAACCCACCCCCCCGCACCGACUAACUACCCGCGUCCUUCGAACGUUGCCCAUUUCCAUCCGUGGAUUGUUGCGUGCAGCGAUGACCGCUUGGGUACGGUGUGUGCCUGUGAUGGUGGUUGGUCGCGUUUUGGGAGCUGUCGUGACGAAACUGGUGGUGCUGGCUGGAAUGGGUGCGACUGUGGCAAUGGUGGAAGGGAUUCUGAAGGGAAGCCCUUUACUCUACGUCACGUCACGUCUGGUCUACCGUCUGGCCGUGUGGUAUCUGCCUGGCCUCCCGGCCUCGCUGCAUCUUCUGCAGCCUCCUGGCCUCGCUGCAUCUUCUGCAGCCGAGCCUCGCUGCAUCCUCUAUGUAAACACAUUUGCCAGUAACGGCUUCCCGUCGAGUACAGACGACAACGCCCCCCCUCCACUUCCCGGCGCGCAGCUGUUAUUCGGCUGUUUGCCUAGUGUGUACUCAUGUAGAGUCGUGGUGCGCGUCAGAGACUCAGCGAGAGACACUCCAGAGUCCGAGUCCAAAGUCCAGAGUCCGAGUCCAAAGUCCAGAGUCCAGAGUCCACGGCUUACAUAUGGCCACCUCCUCGAGUACCUGAAUACAUAA